AUUCUGCAACUUACUACACCCUCACCCAUCACUUAUUUACUUAUACAACUACUGACACACUGAUAUUACUAACUACCACAUCUCAUUAUUAGUCUCUUCAGUAUAUUUCCUGUAUGUUAUUUGAGUUGCAUUAUGGUUAAGUUAUACAAUGGUACAUGUUUAAGUUUAAAACUGUUUCCCUCCUAUUUAUGCAUGGUCCACAAGACGGGUAAUGACAGCCGGUCACUUUUGACUUAAAGGUCAAAGGUCAUUUUGACCUAAAAAUAGGUUUUUAGCCAUAAUUUAAGAAUGGAUUGGUCGAUUGCAGAUUUCAAACACACACGCUGACUGGGACGACACAAUAAGUGAGCAAUAACUAACACAGUAUGGGCUUUCAUCUUUCCACCUUAUCCAUUCUCCUAUUCACUUCUGUAGGUGCUAUGAUAAAUCACAGUGGUACCAUACAGUGGUGUAAUUGUAGCGUAAUCAAUUAAUUUUGGUCCUCAUUAUAAUAGAAAAUGACUUUAAUUAAUAUUAAAGUUCCUCGGGGCACCACCCUGAAAUAAGGAAAAACUGUAGCCAAUAAUUAAUUGAUCAGUCUCAUAAAAAACACUAAACUAUUAAUUCAGAAAUUGGAUUAACCCUAACCCAUCGCGUGCCAUCAAGCAGCAUCAAGUAACGGUCACAGGAAGUGACCGAAUGAGGUGACAGGAAGUGACCUGUCACAAUAAAAGUCCAGUUAACCACACCAAAUGAAUGAGUUCAUAUUUAAAGGCCCCCCUUUACCUUAUACUUCCUGCCUCAUUCUGAAUUUCGAGUGUCAUCUGAAUCAUGUGAUUACAAACUUAUUGGAGCGCGCCUAGCUGACGAUGAUCCUGGGAGUGAGUUAUACCUACAGCUCAUGUUCAGCUCAGGGAUCAUUUGCGUCUAAAAAUGUCAUGAUAAAACAAAAGCACCACAUUUUGUGUCUGUGCUUCUCAAGAAUCCAUCCCUACGUAAUAAACAAGUACACGUGUGAUGUAUAUUCACUAGAAUCAUACAUAUCUUCAAAAAAUUCCAGAAGUGAAUUUGACAUUAAAGUUUUGAGUUUUACAGAUUUGGAGAUUCCGCCUAAAACGUCCUUUACUAAAACCUCUGUAACUUUGCUUUGCUUCACUGUAUUAAAAUCAAUCUUGGCACAGGUAAUGUUCAGAUAUUACAAUAAUAAAAGUACAAUGCAAUCACACAAAAUGAACAAAUUGGUAUUUAAAGGUCCCAGUGAUUCCAACAUAUAUUAGCUCAGGAGAGCUCAACUUUCAACACAGUUUAAAUGGACAAUUAACUCUAAAUGACACCUUUACUUCAUACAUCAUAUUUAGUGAAAGAGACAGGUCAUGUGCUGAGAAUGGGAUUGGGCAGAGGUGAAGAGGAAGGAGGUGUAGACAGGGAGGAUAGAGAUAAAUCAGUUGUGUGACAAAAAGGUUUGGUCAUAAAGCUGCCAGAGCUCUGUGCUGAUGGAGACCUUGGAGGGAAGUGAACUCUGCUUUCCACAACUCCUCAACACCUCCUGCAGGAAGAUUGGGGGUGCUCACUUUGAGACCAUGCUGAUUAACAUUCUGCUGUCCUCCAUCUCUCUGAUCACUGCAGUUCUUAACCUGCUGGUCAUCAUCUCUAUCUCCCACUUCAAGCAGCUCCACACCCCCACCAACUUCAUCCUCCUCUCUCUGGCUGUCUCAGAUUUCUUCAUGGGUUUCGUAAUGUGCUUUCAAAUGAUGUACUUAGAUGGCUGCUGGUUCUUUGGUGACCUCAUGUGUGCAUUUGGUCAGUAUCUAGUAUACGUAGUUACCUCUGCCUCAGUUGGAACCAUGGUGAUUAUAUCUGUUGACCGUUAUGUUGCUAUUUGUCAUCCUCUGCAUUACUCCACCAAAGUCACAGAAAAAAGAGUUAUAGUCUGUAUUUGUCUGUGUUGGAUAUGGCCUCUAAUCAUUCAAGGUCUGAGUCUAAUUGAUGUCCUGGAACAACCAGGCAGGUAUAACUCCUGUGUUGGAGAGUGUAUCAUUGUUGUUAACUAUAUAGCUGGAUUUGUAGAUCUUAUUUUUACCUUCAUCGUUCCCAUUACUGUCAUUGUAGUUCUGUAUAUGAGAGUUUUUGUGGUGGCUGUGUCUCAGGCUCGUGCCAUGCGGUCACAUAUUGCAGCUGUCACACUCCAGAAAUCAGUGAAAGUAACUGCUAAAAAAUCUGAAAUGAAAGCAGCCAGGGCUCUUGGUGUUGUUGUAGUUGUGUUUCUAAUAUGUAUCUGCCCAUAUUAUUGUGUUGCUAUUACAGGCCAAGAUAACUUACUCAAUGUUUCAUCUGUUGGCUUGAUAAUAUGUUUGCUGUGUUUAAACUCCUGUCUAAACCCCAUGAUCUAUGCCUUUUUUAUCCCUGGUUUAGAAAAUCCAUUAAGCUCAUUGUUACAUUAAAGAUACUGCAGCCUGACUCCUGUGAGACCAACAUACUGUAGAGAGACUCUGUGUAAUGCCUGAGAUUUGUCUUUGCAUUAAUAGAAAAAUUUACUUGGUCAUGGAAAUUGCCAUUCUGUUUAUUAAUAUAACAGUGGAGCUAUUUGGGGUUUGUCCAUCUGCAUGUAUUUUGGACAAAUCACCACGUCUAGGAUUCACUGUACAGUCUGUAGGUAUCAGGACUGUGACACAUUUUUGUUAUGCUGACUGUAUGCUUAAGCACAGUGGAUGUGGAAGUUUUAUAUCCACAUUAAAAGAAAAGUGUAGGCAGUUGUACCCUGUAUUAUACAUGACUGAAGUCUGGGACCCACAGACAUUAGCCGAUACUUUGUAUUGUAUCUACCUGGAGAUGUUGUGCCAGGCCUGUAAUGCAGCCAUUUUGUAUGUGAACACCUUUAAAUACAAGCCCAUUUAAAGCUAA